GGCUGGACAGCAUAUUUGUGUCCCUGCAGAUGCCCUGCCCAAUAAUUUCUACAGUCAUCUGGUCAUUUUUAUUUUGGACAAUAUUUUGUGUAAAUUGAAUGCUGUGUUGCUCUCUGCGUUGCAUGGGUGGCCACACUUUAAAAAUCGCUACUAUUUUGAGAUGGAUGUAAUAGUUAAAGGUCUAAAAUAAUAGGUUCUAUACUCAUUAGGGAGAAAAGACUAUUUAUAAAAUUGUCCAGACUGCAUGUUUAAACCCCGGACAUAAACUAUACUUUACUUGUAACAUUCACUUAUUUUCUGUCUCCAGGUCAUAGAGUCACAGGUCAUACAACACAGAAACAGGCCCUUCGACCCAAUUUGCCCAUGCUGACCAAGAUGCUCCAUCUACACUAAACCACCGGCCCAUGUUUGGCCCAUAUUCCUCGAAUCCUUUCCUAUCUAUGCCCCUGUACAAGUGUUUUUUAAAUGCUGUUAUAGCACCUGCGUCAACUACCUCCUCUGGCAGCUGGUUCCAUAUUCCACCAUCCAAGUCGUCACUCAGGUUCCUAUUAAAUAUUUCCCCCCUCCUCACCUUAAAGCUAUGUCCUCUGGUUCUUGAUUCCUCUACCUAGGAGGUUAAAUACUCCGUGCAUUCAUGCUAUCUAAUCCCCUCAUGAUUUUAUACCAGUCUAUAAGAUCACCCCUCAUCCUCCUGCACUCCAAGAAGCAAUUCCCAAACAAAUGAUAUUAAAACAUGCCUUUCCUAUUUAGCAAUUUGUUGUGUCAAACUCAUUACUGAACCUGUAGAAGAUUACUACAUGCUUUUGAUUUAGAGGGCAGGGAGUGAAAACAUUGUGUCGAUGAACUGAUCUUAAUUGUAGCGAUCGUAAAAGACCCAUAUGCCUCGACAACUGUAAGGAAACGUUGGCAGUCACCCGAUCGUAGUGCACGUCAGGUAUGAUUCACUCUGACUCUGUCAUGAGAGACACGUAGGUAAUGCAUUUUUAAGUUGGUGGAACGUUUAAAAGUCAGGAGUUUCUAACGAAGACAAAGCAAAACAAAUACAAAGCAAUCUGCAAUUGAUAAAACUCACAAGUAACCUUCAACUGCCCAUGAAACAUUGGAAAAUAUGAAAAAAAACUGUAGAUGCUGGAAAUCUAAAAUAAAAACAGAAUAUGCAAAGGACUCAACAAAUCAGGCAGCGUUCGUCUGACCAGUUAAGUGGUUCCAGCAUUUUGUUGUUUAUAUUUGAGAUUUGCAUCCUUAUCCCACCUGAUGUUCUUCGUUCAUCAACAAAACGAUGUUAUUAAUGGUAUUUGUGGGACUUUUGUCUGACAGCAACGGAUAUACUUGAAAGAAAUUAAGUGAAUGCACAGUUAGGAAUGAAUCCAAGUUGAAUCCAAAUUAGUCACCUCUGUUGAUCACAGAUCUCACUCUUACCAUUUCCCUCAAUGUUGGCAGCUCCACUAUCCAAUGAUGAAUUCGCCCAAUUCACAAAUACAUGUUAUUAUUUUAUCCACGUUAUUUGUUUUCAUUGUUCUACAUUUGGCUUAAUACAAUUUAUUUGUGGAUUUUAAAAUACAUUUUUAAAAACGUGACGGUUCAGCCUUCUGGGGAAAAUGGAAAAUGAAGCGCAUUGGGGCGCUAGGACCCGGUGGAAUCCCUGGAGUAGCUUUCCACCUGCUGCAACAGUGGGAGACUCUGCAGCCUAGUUGUGUGCUUCUCUUUCUUUACAUUUUAACAGCGAGUCGCGGCUGCCUCCCCCAUCACUUUGCAAAAUCACGUUCAGGGUUUUUUUUUGGCGAGCCGCCCUUCCCCGACUCACUGAAUGCAGAGCGGCGGCUCGGGUGAAUUGUUCCUGACACGGCCCCAAGACCAGGACAGUCUGAAGUUUCUGCUUCCUACACUUGCUGCUGUUCCUUCCUUCCGCUCGAUCUAAGGUACUUCACCAACUUGCCUUGUCCUAUUUUGCAAUCUCGUUUUGCAGUUAAAGACAACUUUAAGGUGCUUUUUGAUGCCUGAUGGGCUCAUUGAGUUAAUGGGACCGAAUACUUGACGCUUAUUUGUUGCAAAACUUUUGACCGAGAGUAACGUGAAACGGAAUUGAAACUGACGGGAGAAAUCGCCUUGUGCCUGAAUCAAUAUUUAUUGACUGUGAAACUUUUCACAUUUUAUUUUAAGGAAGCAGAAAUUUGGCAUUUAGACGUAAAAUAUCUCUGUGGUUUCCGCGCCGGAUUACAGUUCACUCUUUUCGGCGGUACUGGAAACUGAAAAAUGUCUAUUUGGGCCUGGAGUUCAGUGGAAAUUAGGUCCCAGGCAGCUGCUACCUGCUGAUGUGUCCAACGGCUACCUUGCAAACCUGCAAAUUGAACCUGCUACCUUCGCCCUCUAGGACCUGGGUUUGAUUUCAGCAUAAAUGGAAGGAAAGACUGAAGUGAUCAACUGCACAAAUCUUCGCUGAAAAGAGAGAGUGAGUUUGCAGUGGAUAUCCAUGCAUCAGAACUUUCAAAACCAAUGAAUGGAGUCGCCUUCCUUGUGAAUAAAUCCAACCAACUCCAAAGGAAAUCUCAGUACUGCUAUUAUCCCGUCACGUUUAGCCAGCAAUCAUGAGACUAUUUUUUAGGAAACGUUUUGGUCCAGUGAAACUUGCUCUGGUCAGCGUAAUAUUUAUGAUAUUUGUAUUCAUACUCCAAAGAGAUGUUGUCAAGCAGAGCCCAGAGGAUGAAUCUUGGUUUAAGGACUUGUCAGGCAGGAAAGAUAGAAUGCUGGGCAUUAUGUUUGGAGCGGUGAAUAAUAUCCGGGACUCGAUGCCUAAGUUUCAGAUCAUUGCUCCGGAUCGAGGCCAAGAGGUUGUUGAUAACACCAAGAAUUGUUUGCCAGGAUUCUACACUGCAGCGGAACUGAAGACCUUUCUUCCCCGGCCUCCUGAAGAUCCCAAUGCCCCUGGUGUUGAUGCAAAGGCUUUUCAUACGGACAAUCUCUCCCCCGAACAGCAGAAGGAGAAAGAGCGUGGUUUUGAGAAACAUUGCUUCAAUGCCUAUGCCAGUGACCGCAUCUCUUUCCACAGGAGCCUUGGACCAGACACACGACCUCCAGAGUGUAUUGAACAAAGAUUCAAGCGUUGCCCUCCUCUACCAACAACCAGUGUGAUUAUCGUGUUCCACAAUGAGGCCUGGUCCACCUUGCUGAGAACUGUAUACAGUGUGAUGCAUACAUCCCCAGCCAUACUGCUAAAAGAAAUUCUAUUGGUGGAUGAUGCCAGCACAGAUGAUGCUUUAAAAGAACAACUGGAUGAGUAUGUAAAGCAGUUCCGGAUAGUGAAAGUCAUCCGACAGGUGGAAAGGAAAGGGUUAAUAACUGCAAGGCUCUUGGGUGCCAGUGAGGCCACAGGGGAAGUGCUGACUUUUCUUGAUGCUCACUGUGAGUGCUUUAGUGGAUGGUUGGAACCUUUGCUGGGAAGAAUAGCUGAAAACUACACUGCUGUGGUGAGCCCUGACAUCACUACCAUUGAUCUCAAUACUUUUGAGGUAUCCAAACCAGUCCAGUAUGAAAGACAUCACAACCGGGGCAACUUUGACUGGAGUCUGUCAUUUGGCUGGGAGGCUCUUCCAUCUCAUGAAAUAAAGAGAAGAAAAGAUGAAACAUAUCCUAUCAAGACUCCCACGUUUGCUGGUGGCCUCUUUGCGAUCUCCAAAGCUUACUUUGAACUGAUUGGAACAUACGACAACCAGAUGGAGAUAUGGGGAGGAGAGAAUGUGGAAAUGUCAUUCAGGGUCUGGCAAUGCGGUGGGCAGUUGGAGAUCAUUCCCUGUUCAGUGGUGGGCCAUGUGUUCCGUACCAAGAGCCCACACAGCUUCCCAAAAGGUGUGCAGGUAAUUGCCCGCAACCAGGUGCGUCUGGCUGAGGUCUGGAUGGAUCACUACAAGGAGCUGUUUUACAGGAGGAACCAGCAGGCAGAAAUAAUGGCCCGUGAGAAAAGUUUUGGCGAUCUUUCAGAAAGGUUUCAGUUGAAAGAGCGAUUAAAAUGCAAGAACUUUACCUGGUAUCUGCAGAACAUUUAUCCUGAAAUCUUUAUACCAGAUUUCUCUCCAAUACGUUAUGGAGCGAUUAAAAACAAGGGAACUGGAAGCUGCUUAGAUGCUGGGGAAAACAAUCAUGGUGGAAAACCUCUGAUUAUGUACCCAUGUCAUGGAAUGGGAGGCAAUCAGUAUUUUGAAUACACCACGCAGUCUGAUAUACGCCACAACAUUGGCAGGCAGUUGUGCCUUCGAGCCAUGUAUGGCCAAGUUCUAUUGCAGCAAUGUAAAUACACGGGGAAAGAUACCAAAGUGCCAGGAGAUGAACACUGGGAAUUUUUAAAUGACCUGAUAAAAAAUUCCGCCAGCAAUCAGUGCUUGACUGCGUCGGGAAAGAAUCCAUCCAUGGUUCCGUGCAACUCUGCAGACCUGCACCAGCAGUGGGCUUUCACCUAGUGUUGUCAAGAAGGACGUUGCCGCCUGGUGAACUAUCCGAGUCAUUCUGAGUGGGGAAAACGCACACUUUAAAACAUAAAAGCCGGCCUUGCUGUUAAAUCUUUUUGUGACUCUGAAUUUUAGCCUGGGUAUAGAGCAAAUCGGAUUUAUUGAUUUCAUUCCUGUUUUGUUCAGAAAAGAAAUCUCUUAAUUGGAUUGAAAAGAAUCUCUGCUACCAACACUUCAAAAAUGAAUGACUCCUACCAACACUUAAAAAAUGUUCAAUUAAGUUUUCUCUGGCAUUGCAGGAGUGAUUCCUUUCUAAAAAUCCUGUAUCUUUGGCAUUGAAAGCAAGUGAUGUGGAACAUUUAUAAGGUAAAAUGUCCAUUUAGUUGGCAUUUAACGUAAAUUGGAUUCUGGAUAUCCACCACCUUUGUGUUGAAUCCAAAGCAGAGCAGGGUUGAAACUGGUGCCAUUUGAUAGAUGCGCCUGGAGACUAUUCUGCAUUGAUGCUUGGAUCUAUUCCUGAUUCAAAUGUGGCUGAAGAUUCCUGCUGAAGUUUGAAAUUCCUCAAAUCUUGAAGUAGGGAAAAGAAAACACUUAAUUCGGAUGAGAAGUUAAACAGAGGUUCUCUCUACCCUCCCAGAUAGAUGUACAAAGUCCCAUUGUUUGGUCAUGUAUUUCAUUGUUGUUUGUGGGAGCUUGUUAUGUCAAAAUUGGCUGCAAAAUCUAUUUGCAUAACUGCACUUACCGCCUGUGGAAUGCUGUAUGCACUGAAGUGAAAGGUGCUAGAUAAAUGGAUAAAUGAGUAAGGGAUAUGUGUCACUUCAGAAGGGCUUAUUGUGAGCUGAGGGACAGUACUGCUAUAGGGUUUUGGAGGACGGAGGGAACUUUGAAUUGCCUUUAUACAAAUGACAUUUCUUUUUGAUGUGUUUUCCUAUUGGCACCACUUGUGAAUUUGCUGAAAGGUAACAGCAUCAAACUGUUAAAUGUAACUAUGAAACAUCGCUGCCUUCGGUGUUCCACCCAGCUUUUGUGCAUGGAUGGCUCCGACCCACAGUGUUCCUGGUUUCAAAUGUGCUCAAGAUCACUAAAGCCUUGAAAUGUGGAAGCUGCAGAUGAAUUGAAAAUGAAUUCCCUGUCAUUUGUACCAUACAUGGUUUACAGUAGCAGCUGCACAUUCACCUCUGCUUCUGAAAUUCAGUUCCAGUGGACCCAAUACAAGGUGUUUAGCGCUACCAGACAGGGCCAAAUUUAUUUGCAGUUACGUCAUAUUCCAAAGGCAACUUGCAACUAAUUUUCUUAAUUUUGGUCAGCAACAGGGCGAAUUUGUAACAAAUGUUUAUUCAAGGUCAAGAUAAACUAAUACAACUGCGCAUUUCUCUCAUUAAAAUGUUGCUGCACGUCUUGCCUUAUUUACCCCCAUAACUUCCCAACCAGGUAUAGUUGCAAGUUAAUGCUCAAUCUCCAUUGGAUUAACUGGUUCCUAUAUGAGAAAGCAGUAGGAACUGUACAGUUAAGUUAAAUGCUUCAUAUAUUGGCACUCGUGAAAAAGCUUUCAAAAAUUGGCUUUAAGACGUGCAAGAAUAAUGACCAUUUGGGUAAGAUGGCAGAGUGCAACUCCUUCCUCAGAACCUGUACCUAUGGAAUGAUAGGGGAGGACAUUUGCAACAUAAAAUCCAAUGGAACAUAGAGCAUAGAGUUCACUGUGGUAGUUUUGAUUUGUACUUGAGGUCAGUUGUCAUUUAAUAAUGAAUGUAAUCAAUUGUGAGACUGUUUUAAUAAAUCAUGGUGUGUGCGUUAGGAGUAAUGUCAUAUCAAAGGUACAGUACUGCUUUGAUACCCAGGUCACUUCCAUCCAAGCAGUCAUUGACUCGUAGAGCUCUGGAAUUGUCAAAUGUGGUCUGGAAAGAGCAUUAAAAUCAAUGUUACGGGUAAACACAGGAGACUUAUUUUCGGUACGCUGAUUGCACCAAGCUGCAUUUCCACAGAUAUGCGAGGUCAGCAAAAAAGUGGGUCUGCACAUUGGAAUUGUAUAAGUUAAAAUAAUUUAUCAUGCUUAAAAUAAAUUGAACAUUGAGCUGUAUAUAUGUGUCAAGACACAGUUGAAAUAGAUUUUGGGUUUCUUUAUGAAAUAUUUAGUUCCUAAGCUGUAAUAACUGCAGUUUCUCAGAGUUGGUGGGCUGCACUAUCAAACAGCAUGAGGCUCUUUUCAGUGUGAGUUUGGGGAUAAUCUACUUUAAAUUUUUCAUACUCUGGAUUUGAAGCAACAAAUGCUGAAUUAUAUUUUUCUAAGCUUUUUUGAAUUUAUUAUAAUACUCUGACUUGUAGAAAUCCCUGCCUUGUAAUUGCACUUUUGCACAUGUGCAAAGGUAUCCCACUUUUAAUCUAGCAUCAAAGAAGCUCUUUGAUCUCAUUUCACAGUGAUAAAGAUGAUCCUCUUGUACUGCAGUAAAUUUAGUUUGUCUCCCCAAGCGAACAAUGAUUUGCCCUAUAACACUGCAAACCAUGGUCAUUUUAACCAUCAAUCCAAUAGCCUGGGAAUAUUGCAUUUAGACAUGUAAAUGGAUUAAAUUGGGAAGCCUGCUUCCUAUUUGUAUGAACUAUUUGCUGGCGUUAUCAGGAUAUAGAAGUGUACACAGGAUAUAGAAGGCAACAUGGGGGAGAAUGCUACUUUAACACAACCACCUUUACCCCCUCCCCAUCACUUACGAUUCCAGUUUUUAUCCUGAUUUAUUGAACAAAAUAUUGAUUUCCUGAAAAGUGACCAGAGGUUUGAAUUUCAUUUCCUAAAUUUGCUAUCUACCUCCAUUGAAGUCUAACUCUGUAGUUCUAAACAAAAAAUCAUUCAAUAUUCACUACUCUCUAACAAUUGUAUACGCACUUCAUCUUGUAUGUUUAGACUAUUUUUAAAUGCAGGAGAGAAAACUAAUAAUUGUUUGUAAAUCCCUCCUGAGUCUUACUAGUUCAACUUGCUGUAUUAAAGAAUGCCUCUGGAUUGUAAUGAAGCAAGAUGGUAUUUCUGGUGCAGUGACACAAUGCAUCACAUAUUUUGGUGUUGUAUCUUAAAGACCAGGCAGGGUCAGAGUUCACUCCUCAAUCUGUGCUUUUGUUAGCUGUGAAAACAUAGACCUUUACAAUGUAUUGUUUUUGUCCAAGCAAAUGGAAAAUGAGCUAGAGUUGCUACUGGUCAUUGAUGUCCUGGCCAAUACUCCCCCCCCCCCCCCCCCCCCAACCCCCCCCCCCCCCCCCCCCCCCCCCCCCCCCCCACCCCCCCCCCCCCCCCCCCCCCCCCCCCCCCCCCCCCCCCCCAAUAAUAUCAAAAACAGAUAUCUGGUCUUUUAUGGGACUUUACUGUGUUACAUUGUAACAAUGGCAACAAUUCAAAAACUAAUUUAUUGGCUGUAAAGUACAUCCUGAGUUUGUGAAGGACACUACGUAAAUAUGUUCACUUUCUCCAUUAAGACCUACUCUAGCAAGUGAAGAUGUGAACUUGUAUUGGGGAAAAUUGAAUUGCCCACUGAUAUUUAUUGUAAGCUCACAAAAGCAUGACUAUGGGAAAUGGCCUUUGGAGCCCAUCAAUCCACAUGAAUCACUGCUUGAUGACAGGAAGAAAAACAACUUGGAAUUCAUUGAUUUAAAAAGGCUUUUUUAAUUUUUGUUGAAGUUGUUCUAGAAAAUGUUUUCUGCCAUUGGGCACUGCUGAGUAUUGUUUUUGCCAUAUUUGAGUUUGAAUGACUUACCGAAAUAAUAAAAUCAUGUUUGAGUUGUGAAAAUGUUGGACAUUAUUUCAUCCUUAUCAUCAUCAUCAUCGAGUCGCACAGCUUUGUAUGGAAACCAACAGAGUGGGCCAGAGCAGGUGUGGAAAGCAUGUUUCCUUCCCUGAGGAUAUUAGUGUUUAAUGACAAUCUGGCAGCAUUCAUGGUCAUUUCAUUUCCGUGGCCAACCCACACAUUAUUAUCAGUGUUAUUGAAUUCAGUUUCACAACUUCACAACUCACAAGUUUGGAAUUAGAAUGAUCAAGUUGCUAUUCCA